AAUAAGCAUGCAUUUCAUAUAAUUAUAUUUUUCAGGUGAAAUACAUAAUGGAAAGAAAUCGUUCAGGGAGAACAAAAGAUGGGUUUGCUGAGUUGAUAUUUUCAUGGUCUCUUGAUGACAUUCUCAAUGAAGACCUCUAUAAAUAUCAGGUGGAGGAUAUACCACUUAAUUUUCAGUCUGAAGAACAUUAUCUUUCUUCUUUUGUUUAUCCUUUGGUUGAGGAAACACGUGCAGAACUGGCUUCAUCCAUGGAGAUCCUAUAUAGAGCUCCAUUUGCUGAAGUUUUAUCGUUUCGUGAUUCCACAAGGGUCAAAGAUGCUGAAAAGAAGAUAUAUCAUGUUACUGUUGGUCCUUGGGGAAACAGAUUUAGUGAACGUGGCAAAGAGCCUUACCGGACGUUACCUGGUGAUCUGCUUAUUAUAUCAGACGGGAAACCUGAGUCGGUUUCUGAUUUGCAGCGUCUAGGAAAAACGUGGGCAUUUUCAUUGGUUAAUAAAAUCACAGAUGAUGAUAUUGAAGAUUAUAAUACAUCGAGAGAAUUCCAAGUUAAGGCUUCACAACAAGUUGAAUUCCAGGAUGGGAUGUUUGUUGUUUUUUUGAUGAACGUUACAACCCAGAAACGUAUUUGGAGUUCGUUGCGUAUGCAUCCAAAUAAGAAUAUCAUCAAAGAGGUUCUUUACUCUGAUUUUAAUGUUAAAGAAAACUGCAACAUUUGCUCUUUUGGUCAGGACGAUCUUAAUUUCAGAAAUGUUGAUCCACAUCUUUUGGAUAUGCUAAAUGAAUCCCAAAGAUUGGCAAUUACAGAGUCCCUGUGUAAAAUGAAGUGUUGCCAUAAGUCUUCUGUAGAACAAAUAUGGGGGCCACCAGGAACUGGGAAAACGUCAACCGUAAGUGUGCUGCUUUUUAUUCUUCUGCGAAUGAACCGUAGGACUCUUACAUGUGCUCCGACAAACAUUGCUAUAGUACAAGUAGCCUCACGUGUGCUAAGAUUGGUUAAGGAAUCAUUUAGCACUACAAUGGCAGGCGGUGAUUCCUUGUGCUCUGUUGGAGAUGUGCUCUUGUUUGGCAACAAGGAAAGGUUGAAAGUUGGCUCAGAGAUUGAGGAAAUAUAUUUGGAGCAUCGGGUAAAGAGGCUUACAGAGUGUCUUGGGUCUCUAACUGGUUGGAAGCAUUGUUUAAGAUCUAUGAUUGAUUUACUUCAAAAUUGUGUAUCUCAAUAUGAUGUUUAUGUUGAAAAUGAAUUGUUCACAGAGGCGCAACUUGCAAAUGAAAGUCAAAUGGAAACUAAAACCGAAAAGUUGAAAGUAAAAUCUUUCAUUGAAUUUUUGCAAGAUCGGUUUAGUUCUUGUUCUCUACCACUCAGGAAGUGUAUCAUCACAUUCUGUACUCAUAUCCCAAGAAGUUUUAUGGGGGAAUCUAAUUUCCAAAAUAUGAUCUCUCUUUUGAACAAACUGAACUCUUUUCGAUUAUUAUUAUCUCAAAAGGAUAUGGUUUCAGAAGAACUGCAACACCUUUUUACUUCUGAACCGAUGCAAGAUGAUUCUUUUAAGUUGGGAGAUACACCGUCUAUCAAUUCUGUUAGGAUCAUGUCUCUAACUGUUCUACGAACUUUACUGACCUCUUUUGAAGGACUUGGCCUUCCAAAUGUUUUGAACAGAAAUGCAAUUAUGGACUUCUGUUUUGAAAAAGCCUCUCUUAUAUUUUGCACAACUUCUAGUUCAUACAAGUUGCAUAAUGUUGCAAUGGUCCCUUUGAGCAUAUUGGUAAUAGAUGAAGCUGCCCAGUUAAAAGAGGCCGAGUCUACAAUACCCCUUCAACUUCCUGGAGUGAAGCAUGCUAUACUCAUCGGAGAUGAGCGCCAAUUACCGGCCAUGGUAACAAGCAAUGUUUGUAUUGCAUCUAAAUAUGGAAGAAGCUUAUUUGAUAGGUUAAGUUCUUUGGGGCAUUCCAAGCAUCUACUGAAUGUGCAGUACAGAAUGCAUCCUACCAUCAGUUUCUUCCCGAACUGGAAGUUUUAUCAGAAACAGAUACUGGAUGCAGAAAAUGUGACAUGUAAAAGUUAUGAAAAGGGUUAUCUUUCUGGACCAAUGUUUGGUUCGUAUUCGUUUAUCAAUGUUGUUGGUGGACGAGAAGAAAAAGAUGAGGAUGGAAGAAGCUGGAGAAAUAUGGUUGAAGUAGCUAUUGUGAUUAAGAUUGUACAAAAUCUCCAUAAAGCAUGGAGUGACUCCAAAAGAAAGCUUACCGUUGGUGUUGUAUCUCCCUAUGCUGCCCAAGUUGUUUCUAUUCAAGAUAAAAUUGCUCGUAAGUAUGAGAAGCUUGAUGGAUUUUCAGUAAAAGUGAAGUCCAUUGAUGGUUUUCAAGGUGGGGAAGAAGAUAUAAUAAUCUUGUCAACAGUAAGAUCUAAUAGCCAUGGAAAUGUUGGCUUUCUAUUUAGUCUUCAAAGAACUAAUGUUGCCCUCACAAGAGCACGGCACUGUCUCUGGAUUUUGGGCAAUGAAAGAACCCUUGUUAAUAGUGAAUCCAUAUGGAAAGAUUUGGUUUGGGAUGCACGGAAUCGUGGUUGUGUAUUUGAUGCUGAUGUCGAUGAUGACUUGAAGAUGACAAUUAUUUCCACAAAGAAAGAGCUUGACCAACUCGAUGAUUUGGUUAACGGGAACAGUGUCCUUUUUAAAAAUGCACAAUGGAAGGUUCUCUUUAGCGAUGACUUCAGAAGGUCUUUUGGAAAGUUGACGUCUGCUCAAUUGAAAAAGCUGGUUCUAAAUUUGUUACUGAAACUCUCUAGUGGCUGGCGGCCAAAAAAUAAAAGCGUGGAGUUGUUUUGUGAAAGUUCCUCACAUAUUGUGAAACAAUAUAAGGUUGAAGGGCUCUAUGUUAUUUGCACAACUGACAUCAUAAAGGAGUGCAGAUACAUUCAAGUCUUAAAGGUUUGGGAUAUAUUGAAAUUCGAGGAGAUUCCAAAACUGACAAAGCGACUUGAGAGUAUAUUUACUGCUUACACCGAAGAUUAUAUUAAUCGUUGCGCAGCCAAGUGUUUGGAGGGGAAUUUGGAAGUUCCCCGAAGUUGGCCAGCAUCACAAGAACUUGCUCGAUUUCGUUAUCUAAGUAGCAAUGAAGGUGAGUGUGAAGUGAAUGUGAAUCUUGGUGAUGGUAGAAACUACGUUGAAAACUCAAAAGUGAGUGAAAGCUUGUUGCUCAUGAAAUUCUACUCCUUGUCAUCUGGGGUGGUGAACCAGUUGCUUUCUGGUAAGGACGUUGAUCUACCCAUGCAAGUCACUGAUGAACAGAUGGACAUUAUUAUGUUUUGCAAAAGUUCAUUUAUAAUCGGGCGAUCAGGAACUGGAAAAACAACUAUUCUGACCAUGAAAUUAUUCCAAAAGGAACAGUUGUUUCAUGUUGCUUCUGAAGGGCUUUAUGAAGAAAGCAAAGUGACUGUUCCCAUGAAAGAUACCAGUGGUGAUUCCGAAGAAACCAAACCGACUGUUCUACGUCAGCUAUUUGUGACAGUUAGCCCAAAACUAUGUUAUGCUGUGAAGCAACACGUAUCCCACCUAGUAAGUGUUUCAUCCAAUGGUAUAUCAUCAGCAGAGAUCAAUCUUGAUGAAGCAGACGUAGUUGCAUCAGAUUUUAAUGAUAUUCCAGACACAUUUGUUGAUAUCCCCAUGAAAAAUUACCCUCUUGUUAUAACGUUUCAUAAAUUCCUGAUGAUGCUAGAUGGUACGUUGGGGAAUUCUUACUUUGAAAGAUUUCACGAAGCAAGAGAAGGUCUUCGUGGUAAUCAUAUAAGUUCCAGGUCUGUUGCAUUGCAAACUUUCAUAAGAUCAAGGGAAGUUACAUUUGAUAGGUUCUGCUCAUUUUACUGGCCCCACUUUAAUUCCAAUCUAACUAAGAGGCAUGAUCCUUCCCGAGUGUUCACAGAAAUUAUUUCUCAUAUAAAAGGAGGCCUCCAAGCAGGGGAAUGCGUUGAUGGGAAACUGAGCUAUGAGCGUUAUUCUUUAUUGGCUGAAACUCGCUCUUCCACUUUAAAUAAAGAGAAACGAGAGACCAUUUACACCAUCUUUCAAGCAUAUGAAAAGAUGAAAACUGAACAGGGAGAUUUCGAUUUGGGUGAUUUAGUAAAUGACAUUCAUCGGCGGCUUGAAAAUGCUCAUUAUGAAGGAGACAUGAUGGAUUUUGUGUAUAUUGAUGAGGUGCAAGAUCUUAGUAUGCGGCAGAUCUCUAUUUUCAAACAUAUUUGCCAAAAUGUUGAUGAGGGUUUUGUUUUCGCGGGUGAUACAGCACAAACAAUUGCAAGAGGAAUUGAUUUUAGGUUUCAAGAUAUAAGAUCUUUAUUCUAUAAAGAAUUUUUAAUCCCAAAAACUGAAAAACAAGUCAAAGGUCAUGUAUCUGAGAUAUUUCAACUGAAACAAAACUUUAGAACCCAUGCUGGUGUGCUAGAAUUAGCUCAAAGUGUCAUUGAUAUUCUGUAUUGCUAUUUCAUACACUCUAUUGAUAUUUUGGAGCCUGAAGUUAGUCUUAUAUCUGGCGAAGCUCCUGUUUUGCUGGAGUCGGGAAAUGAUGAAAAUGCAAUCGUGACGAUUUUCGGUGGCAGUGGAAGUGGUGGAGAAAUUGUUGGCUUUGGUGCUGAGCAGGUGAUAUUAGUACGCGAUGAUCGUGCAAAGACAGAGAUUUUUGAUUAUGUCGGAAAGAAUGCUCUUGUUCUCACUAUUCUGGAGUGUAAAGGUCUUGAGUUCCAGGAUGUAUUGCUAUACAAUUUUUUUGGGACAUCCCCUUUGAAAGACCAGUGGAGAGUCAUCUAUGAAUACAUGAAGGAGCGAGAUUGGCUCAUUGAGAAAUGUCCACAAUCUUUCCCAAGCUUCAAUGAGUCAAGACAUAGUGUCUUGUGCUCUGAAUUAAAACAAUUAUAUGUGGCUAUAACUCGAACGAGGCAAAGAUUAUGGAUAUGUGAGAAUAAAGAGGAGCUUUCAAAACCAAUGUUUGACUACUGGAAAGCUCGUGGACUUGUUCAAAUAAGAAAGCUCGAUGUUUCAGUGGCACAGGCUAUGCGGGUUGCAAGCUGCCCCCAGGAGUGGAGGGAGCGCGGUAAAAAGCUCUUUUAUGAGAACAAUUUUGUGAUGGCAACAAUGUGUUUUGAAAGAGCUGUAGACCCAUUUUGGGAGAAUUUAGCCAAGGCUUCUGGUCUCAGAGCAUCUGCAAAUCAAAUUCGUGGAACAAAUCCUGAAGCUUUUGUUGCUUAUCUUAGAGAAGCAAUAGGGAUGUUUGAGUCAAUAGGGAAACUCGAGUCUGUUGCUUCAUGCUAUUAUGAUUUGGGGGAGUAUGAAAUAGCAGGAAAGAUUUACUUGAAUAUACGUGGAAAGACUGAUGCUGCAGCAGAGUGUUUCGCUCUAGCAGGCUGCUAUGGUGAUGCCGCUGAAGCUUAUGCUAAAGGAGAACGGUUCUCCAACUGUUUGUUAGUUUGUAAAGAGGGUAAACUUUUUGAUAAAGGCAUGCAGUAUAUAGAAUACUGGAAAGAGCAUUAUAAUGUUAAAAGUAAAGAUUUAGAAGAGAUUGAGCAAAAUUUUCUUGAGAGUUGUGCUCAUGAUUUUCAUGAACAUAAAGAUCUCAAAUCGAUGAUGAAGUUUGUCAGGGCUUUUUGUUCUAUGGAAUCAAAGCGUAAAUUUUUGAGGUCUGUAGACUGCCUAAAUGAUCUUCUGGUUUUGGAAGAAGAAUCAGGUAACUUUCUUGAUGCUGCUGAGCUUGCCAGGUCAUGGGGAGAUAUUCUAAAAGAGGCUGAUCUUUUGGAGAAGGCUGGACUUUAUACAGAUGCAACUGUUCUCUUAGUUUGGUAUGUGCUUUUUAGCUCGUUAUGGGAAAAUGGGAACAAAGGUUGGCCAUUGAAGCAGUUUGCUCAGAAGGAAAAAGUUUGUGAAAAAGCAAAGACGCUUGCAGAAAUGGAGUCGGGCAUUUUCUUUGAUGCUGUCUGUAGUGAUCUUAAGGUACUCUCUGAUCAGCAGAGUACCUUGUCUGAGCUGAACAGAGAAUUGCAAGCUUCCCAGAAAAACAAGAGUUUCAGGGGAGAAUUUUUUUCUAUUAGGAAAAUCUUGGAUUUUCAUUAUAAUUUGCAUUUCUCUAAGUUUGAUUGGGAGGAUGAACUGCCUAUUGAUUUUAAUGAGCACUGUGAGCAUAAGACCUUUCAGAACCGUGUUUCUGUUAGAACUCUGAUUUUUUAUUGGAAUAUGUGGAAGCAGAAUGUCAUGAACCUUUUUCAGAGUCUUGAAAGUUUUCACAUUGAGGAACCAAAUGAACACGAGGGUCAUGUUGAAUUCAGUUUAAAUUUUUUUGGGGUGAGGAAACAGUUUGUGAAUGGCAAUAUAGUUUACUCGUUGGUCAACAAGGAUGCCUCUUGGAUAAAAAGUUUUGUUCAAAAGGGUCUUAAUAGGGCUGGGAAGCUUCUAACUGUUGAUACAAGAGAGUUGGUGUUCUCUAUCAAGUCUUAUUGGCAGACAGAGUUACUUUCUGUGGGUAUAAAGGCUCUUGAAACUCUUGAAGCUCUCUAUAAGACCAGGUCAGAUGGAUUGGCAUUUCACAAAAGCACAUGUCUCGUUCACAUGUUUGAGGUUUCCAAGUUUCUUUUAGACUGUGAGAACAUUAACAUCACAAAAACGAAGGUGCAAAGAUUCCUUCAGAUAUCUCUAACUUACACCAAUCUUGUGUUUCCGUUGGACUGGCGAAAGUCAGUCUCUGAUAAAUUGAUUUCUUUGAGGGAGACUGAUCUGUCUUGUAACUUGCUGGAUGAGAUAGUUCUUCAAAAUGUCAACAUCAAGGGGAAUCUCAACUAUCGUACAAUUGGGAAUGUGAUGAUGAUAUGUCUUGGCUCCAGAAAACCAGAAGCAGUUUAUGAGCAUAUAAUCAAACGGACUCAAUGGAAUCCUGCGUGGCAGUCAUUUGUUGAGAUAUUCUGGAAUGGUUGCUUGAAAGAUGUUUCUGUUGCUCAAGCGCUCCAGAAUGCUUUGGAAGACACUUUUAAUGCCGACUGGAGGCUUGCUGGCUACAUAUCACCAAAAUGCUUCGUCUAUCUUCUGGAGAGUCUUUUCAUGGCGUCAUUUUCUUCAAAAAUCCUAUUCACUGCCAAAUCUUCUUUAGUUCAAUGGUUUACACAUCUUCACUCAACUACAGUUUCAUCACCAUCCAAACAUCUAAUUUCUGAUAAUGCCAUACACUUUCUUGUUUCAAUUGUUCAACAAAUUCUCUGCAACAAAAGUGACACUCUUUUAUGGAUUGACAAAUCAAAUAUUGACUCUUCUUAUUAUUAUCGGCUUUUGGUGUUGAAGCUGGUUAUGCUACUUUCUUCAAUUUGUCUGUUAGUACCAGACUGUUCUCGAGUACUACAUGAGUUGCUAUGCGGGAGGAACAAUAUUUCUUACUUGCUUCCGAAGAAAUUUGCGUGGGAACUAUUACGGGAAAGGAAGGGUCCGUAUCUGAACUUAAAUGUUGAUUUGGUUGCAGAAGCAUUCAAAAGCGUACAGGAUCCUCUAUUGAUCGUAAAUUCUGACAAUUUGAGGCCCAAAAUCUAUGCUCCAAGUGCUAUAUUUGUGGACCUUAGAAAAUCUAAAGAAGAGAUAAUGAGCUUAUUGUUUCCAAAGAAAAAUGCACAUCGUAGCCACACUUCAUCAAACAAUGCUGGCGUUGCGACAAUUCCUGAGGUGCCGUUUUCAAACAUGUUACCUGAUACAAAUGUGAAUGUGAAUAAUGUGAGUGGAUGCAAAGGGAAACUGCAAGUAGAUUGGAAAGUUCUUAAAGAUAUUUCCGAAGCUAUAAAAGGUAACAAAGGAGUGGCACUGAAAAGCUUAUCUGCUGCAUCUACAAUUAAGAAAGAAUUGGAUAAACUUAUAGGGACAUUAGCUACUGCCCUUGAGGAUCAACAAUUCUGUGCUGACAAAGAUGCGACAGUUAUACGUGAAGCAAACCGUAUAAAUGAUGACCUGAAGCUGCUUGCAUCUGCAUUUGAUACAAGUCAACAAGUGGUCUUGAAGAAUGUGCAAGGCCUCCUGAAGAGGCUGCAAAGUAGUACGCCAACGAUAGAUGAUUUUUUAAACCAUGCUGUCACAAGUCAGGAAUCAAAGGUUGAGCAAGUUGUAGUGUCAGAAAGCAGUAACACAACUGAGGUUGAUGAAACAGGUGAAGAGAAGAAUCAUGUCGAGGGAACAGGUGAUGAUGGUUCACUGGUGAAAGCAGCACAAGAAAAUAAAAGUAGCACUGGUAACACUCAGGAUGUGAAAAGCAAGAAAAGCAAAACGAAAAACAAGCAGCAAGGGAAGAAGAAAAACGGCAAAGGCAAAAAGAAAUGACGUGAUAAAUCCCAUGGAUUAGUGAUCUUCUCUUUCAAAGCUCGUGAUUUGUAAUUUUACAAAACGCUUGAAUAUCUUUGUUUCUGUUGUAGUUUAAACAUCAAUAGUUUUAUUAUGAUGCUUAUAAGUCUGGACAACUUAAUGUACUGGAUCUUGAUAUUGUGCUUUAUAUAUAUAUAGCCUGGUCUCAAGUU